UGCGGCUUUCGCUGUUCUUUAGGCCGCCAAGACCAAGGUCCCAGCUGAAAAUCUCGUCAAUUUCCUUGUUGGCGGAUUCAACUGUUCUUCCCUCGGAUAGUCACCCCGUUGAUCCUGCUACCUUGGCCGAAUCGGCGGUCAAAUUCCAUUAUCUGGUCCUCCGCGGAUACCCGCCGUUGCCGGCGAUCGAGCAAACUCACGCUCGAGUUCUGACACUGGGCUUGUCUGGGUGCUCCUUUUUGGCGACCCAUCUCGUGAAAUCGUAUGCCAAAGCAGGGAAUCUAAGCGCAGCCAAACGGGUUUUUUAUUCGGUUUCAGAGAGGAGCGUAUUCCUUUUGAAUGCCAUCGUUCGUGCGUUUAGUAGGAAUGGUUUGUGGAAGGAGGUUGUUGAUUUAUAUGAUAGGAUGGAGAAGGAGAAUAUGAAGCCUGACCAUUACACGCUUCCUUUUGUUAUCAAGGGGUUCGCUUCAAUUUUGGAUUUGGACGGUGGCAGAAAGGUUCAUGAUGUAGUCAGGAGAAAUGGGUACGAGGGAAAUUUGCAUGUUGUCACUUGUUUGAUUGACAUGUACGUGAGGUUUGGUGAGAUUGAGAAUGCGCGCAGAUUGUUUGAUGAAAUGCGUGAACGAGAUGUUGUUGCUUGGACUACCAUGAUCGGUGCUUACACCCAAGUGGGGAAUUGGUUGGAAGCUUUCUCCUUAUUUAGAGAUAUGAGGCUGGAAGGCCAGGAGCCGAAUGAUGUCACAUUACUGAGCUUGAUUUCCGCGUCCAGUUUCCUGAACUUCAUCCAUGGGAUGGUCAUUAAAUUGGGAUUUGAUACAUUUGUAGUGAUCGAAACAGCGCUUAUUGAUUCAUAUGCUAAAUGUGGGGACGUGAAAUCUGCUCGUGAAUUGUUUGAUAGAAUGUAUUGGAAGAACUCAGUAGCUUGGAGUGCUAUGAUUUGUGCCUAUUCAGUCAAUGGACAUCCUUGCGAUGCCCUGUUUCUCUUCAGGAUUAUGUUCCUUUGUAGCAAUGAGAUGUUGGAUCACAUUGGUGUUCUAAGUGUGCUUCAAGCUUGCUCUAGCUUGGGUUCGCUGCUGGUUGGGCGGAUGACUCAUGCACACAUUCUUAAAUCUGGGAUCGGUUCAGAUUCAAUAGUUGGAACCUGUCUGAUAGACAUGUAUGCAAAAUGUGGAAGCGUUGAGGAUGCAUUUGUUUCGUUCCAUUCCAUCACUGAUAAGAAUCUGGUAUCAUGGAGUGCUAUGAUAGCAGGAUAUGGGUUUCAUGGACUGGGAAAGGAAGCACUUGAUAUGUUCAGCGAGAUGCAAGAGUUGGGAUUCAAGCCAGAUGAUGUAGCUUUCCUCAGCAUUUUGUCAGCAUGUAGCCAUUCAGGUUUGAUUGGCGAAGGAACAAAGAUUUUCAAGUCAAUACUUCAAACGUGCAAUGGCGUUGCACGUGCAAAACAUUAUGCUUGUAUGAUCGACCUUUUUGCUCGUUCUGGAAAAAUUGGAGAAAUAUGCAGUUUACUGAAAGAGCUGCCUAGCAUAGCUGAUGCAUCAAUAUGGAGAGGUCUCUUCUACGCAUGUCAAGUGACCGCAGAUUGUGAAACUGCAGAAAUUGCAGCUCGAAACCUGUAUGAAGUGGUUCCUAGUGGUACAGAUUACAAUUUUAUCCUGUCUAACUUAUAUGCUUCAUGCGGAAAAUGGUCCAUAGUUUCAAAAAUUAGAUCAAACUUGAAGCAAAACAGAGCAAGGAAAACACCAGGGUGGAGUUCCAUUGAGCUGAAUUGUAAAGUUCAUACGUUUCAUUCUGCCGAUACCUCUCACCCUGAAUGGCAGAGCAUAUACAAACUGCUAGAAAUCAUGUUUGCAGAACCCGAUGCUUUAUGAUAGCUGCGUACUUGUUUUUACAUUGACACAAGUGCCUCCCUCUUUUCUUUUGAAGUCAAAAGAAGGGAAUUUUGCUGCUGUGAAUGGAUGAAUUUAUGCGUUGAACCUUCUUCGACAGACCCAGUUGCAAUGUGGCAUGUGAGGGCAAAGAUGUCACCAUCUUCUCUUUUGGCUGUUGAUUUGGGAGUUGUUUCAGGAUUGAUGCCGAAUCUUCUGUUGCUUUUUCAUUAUACCCAGGUUUGUUCACUUAAUAAAAAACUGGAAGCGACUCAUCUUCUCCUCAGAUUACUUAUCACCGAAUUAAGGACAAAGAUGCUUCUAUAUCGCAAAGGAGUUAAACACAGGCCUCAAGGGGAUCUAUGCAAGAGGUAGUAUGGAAUUUGCUCAUGCAUGAUCGUGGGAUUGGUACCGAAGAAGGUUUCCUCAAUGCUACAGAUCUUGAACAAUCAAUGAAAGGGAUUGCGGACAUGGGAGUUUUUUUCAGCAUCCAGCUGGUGAUACACUAUCAUCAUUCCAGUUGCUCAAUGCUGUCCUCAGCCUCUGCAUCCCAGUUAGUGCUAGUGAGGGCAAUAAGAUUCCUUUCAAGGGGACGAUUUGAUUAUACAGAAUGCUGUGUAUUUUUCUCAAUGAUAAUGCUGUGAAACCAAAUUGGCUGUUCGCGUCAGCAAUAAAGGAUCACAAGUCCUACAAUGUUUGAAUACUUUAAGAGUCAAAGGGAUGGAAUACACCUGUUCAUUUGAUGGUGGUGUAAAGUGUAAACCACAGGCGGAGAAAGGUUUUUAAAAAGCUGCUCGCAAUCUAGAUGAAUUACUCAUGGAAGGCAGAAACAUGGUGGUGUCCACAUACCUGCUUGUUUCCAUUGUACAUGAUAUGAAAUCCUCUACGUUCAUCCGUUGUAUGGUAGUAGUUAUGAAAUUUAUAAGCGAACAAAAUGUUCUGCUUUUCCUUUUUGUGUAUAAGUGUGCCUUCAUGAUGUUCCCUUCCUUCAGGGUCUUCUGCAUUCUUCUUUGUUAAAUAUGUAUGCUUAGCUUGUUUAUUGCAGAAAGAAUUCUCAUUGCUUCCCGCUCUGAUUGCUGUGGGGACAGACCAAUGUUUGUCGAUGGUUUCUCAGAAGGAUGGCUGGAAUCUGGCUUGCGCUUGGAACCAGCAUUAUCGACAGUGAUAGCCGAUGCCGUGGCGUCUUGUGGGGAAGACAACAAACAGCAGGCUGCAGAUAAGCCCGAUUCCAACAGGAACAGCAUCCAGCACUUCUUCUGUAGCAUGUUUUGGCUGUGGGUAGAAGCAAUUCAGCACGUUCUUG